GGGGCAUGUUCCACGAGACUCAGCAACCCCUUGAACCCACAAGCCUGUUAGCUUCACGAAGAGGGGAUGCCCAUGCGUCGUCGCGAUCGACCCAUACUUCUAAGUCUUCACGACUGGCUCACAACAUCGGAUUCUGAGCCAGAAAAUUUCUUGACCCCUCUCAAGGAACGGUCGUCUCCGUACUUCGAUCGAGGGCCACUUCAAGGUACGCAUGUGUCGGAGGAGAUACGCCACGAGCCACGUCCUUUGCUGAGUCUUUAUGACUGGCUCACAGCGUCGGACUCCCGGCAAGACUUCCUGUUGGCGCCACUUCAGAGUCAAUCGUCUGCAAAUUUCGAUGCAGAGCCUCCCAAAGGUAGCACAAAGAGGUCGAAGAGCGACUCAGUAUUAGUUUCUCAGCAACGAACAAGCUACACGGCUUCAAAACAGCGGCAGACGGCCCCUCGCACCGGAAGCCAGACAGUGCACAGGCCGUGUAACGAUGCAGAGAUCAGGCCAGACUACAGAAACACCGAUGACACAGAGACCCGGCGUCCUAGACGACCUCGUAUAACGCCACUGCGAGCGCGGAAGUCACGAGCUGCAAGUAGUUCUUCUCAGGAGGCCGAUUCGCAGACCUCAAGUCCUGGCAUACGGGGAAUACCAAGCAUUUCCAUCUCUGCACCGAUUCUGAUGUUGCAAGAACCCAGAGAAGCUUACCGCGACAGGCUAAAAGCACCACUCAAGUCGAGUAUGAAGCAUACACCAAACGCCGAGGAGACACCUGCCGAAUCCACUGCAGACUCUAGCAGUAUAACAGAGCAUCAUCGACCAUACCAGUCCUUGCGACGUCUCAAGCCUGUUGAUUUCAAAGGACUUGAUGCCAUAGGAAUGCGAACAGUUCUGCCGUUGAAGCCAUGGGUAAGCGAUACAAUGAUGAACACUUUCGAGGAAGACAAGAGCCAUGGCGACCUCACUACUGAAAGCCAAAUUGUUGUCGGAGGGGACCCUUCAUGCUUACGGCCGGAAAUCAAAAGCGAGAUGGCAGUGCCGGCUUUGACCAAGACGGACGUACAUGUGGUCACCCUGACACCAACCUACGAAGUCAACGUUCUAUCACGUAAGCCCGAUAUUAGCACCACGACUCCCACAAUGCAGAUCAUAAAGUCGGCUGAUAGCUGUCACGAAGUUGUCUGGGACGACAUUCCAGCUGAAGACAACAAAAGAGUCCACUGCAGGAUUUCCUUGCCAAGCCGUGCUCUCCAAACGCUUAGUUCAGCAAGAGAAAGUGAUUUGAGACACGUGAAUUCGAAUUUAUGCGAGUGGGACUGGGGCAGGGGGCCAGGACUGGAGUCUUUUGCACCCCAGGUUGUCGUCUUUCCCGACGAUGAAAGCCAUGCUUAUGCUGUGACUUGUGUCGAAGAUGACGAUGGAAAUAUUACAAUAAGAGCCCCAUCAAACAGUCAAGAGACGACCGGCGCUCCGUCCUAUGCAACUUCGACGCCCGGUACAGCUUCAUCAUCGAGACCACCAUCGCAAUACGUAACAGACGCUGCGGAAAAGCUGGAAGUCGAUAGAUUCCAUGAUAGUGCGGAAGAAUCCGUAGCCAUCCUGGUUGUUCCAGACGCUGAAGUUGCACUGGGGACCAUUGCAACAUUGUCCAACGAUUUCAAGAAACCGCUGGCGGAUCGUCGUCUCUCCAAUGUGGAUGACUCUGAGAUGAAAUUUCGAGGCCAUCGUGACUCGGUUACUAUUGCUCGGUCUCGACUCUUGCAUGACGGGGAAGUAUCUCCUGAACUGCUCGAAGUACAGAAGUACAGUUCAACUGCAAAGAGGCGGAUGCAUGCUCGAAACCGUGAAAAGUCUGAGGAAGGAGUCGCGAAAGCCAGGACUGCGACCGUUCCCAGUCUGUAGACUACGCCCUCUGUGCCUCUCUUCGUUCACUACAUCGCCAGAUCAUUCCAAUCCUAUAGUGGGGUGCAAGAGUGGCGAUAAUUGGAGACCUUGGGGCAAUACAAGUCGAUUGCAUUACCGAACGCUUACGACGAAUGCCACUUUUUGUCGUAUGAGGCUUGGGCACUGGAGAAGGCUGGUUGAAUCCU